AGAAGAGAAGCAAGCUGGAAGUCAAUAUGGGUUUCGUUAAAUUGAUGGCUCAACUUGUGAUUGUGUUCUUUCUCCUUGGGAUCCUUAAGGCAUCUGAACCAAUGUGUUUGUCACGUUUUGACUACGACGAGAAAAUGCUGCUUAAGAUGCUGAAAUUGGAAGACGCCCUUGAGAAAAUUGAAAAGAGCAGAAAAGACAAUGCCAUAGCGUUCACAGCCAGUGGUCCGGUAGAUUUCCCUUUUAGAUUCGACAACGUCCUCACCAACAUUGGCGGCCGGUAUUACCAGUCUUCGGGGCAUUUCAUAUGCAAUGUUCCUGGGCUGUAUUAUUUCACUUUCCAUUUGGUGAAGAAACGAGCGAGUCCAGCAGUAGAUUUGUGUCAAUGAAGCCUCGGUAAAAACGUUAUCUCGGUUGGAAUAAAGGCAUAUACAGACCCUUAUGAUAAUGCAGAUACCGGUAGUUACGGCGUGAGCAACGGGGCUUACCUACACCUUUCGAUUGGGGACACAGUCCAAUUGGUCGACUGUACAGCGGCAAGCAGUUUUGAGAGCUGGUCUUCGUUCAGUGGAGUUCUCAUUAAAGCUGACUAGCUUGAAAGCUUUGACGUUUAAAAUAAAGUGUGUGUGAAUUUAAGAUUGGUAUUGACAAAUUAACAAAUAACUCUAGUAGUGAAAAAUACUAGAAUCACUGACUUGUAGAUUGUAUGCAAAGUACCUAAUUACUUCUAAAACAGUGUUUCGUAAAAUAAACUGUCAAACACAACAGCUGCAUUGGUGAUUAGCUAAUAAACUCAAGUCCUUUAAACGUUUUACACUAAAUCGCUUUGUGUAACUUGACAAAAUAGCAGUACUACUAGAAAAUAUACACAUAUAAGCUUAAUUACUUCUAUGCAACCUAUUGCGUAUUAUCUCAGCAAAUCAGACGCAUUAUUUGAUUUCUACUUU